GAACGCGCCCAAUGGCUGGCGCGCUUCUUUCGACCAACGUCUCUGCAGCGGCCUUUGUGAACAGGCUAUGAAACGGACGAUAGAGGCUGUACUUCUUUGACGGUCCACAGCACUGUGGUAUUACAGAAAGAUAAAAAAAAAAAAUAAGCACGGAGUUAGCGCAUUUGUGCGUUACUGCAUUCUGUGGGCCUGGAUAUAAUGAACACGAGCACAUCAAGCAUAACCCAGCUGACUGGCAACGCAAUUCGGAGAGAGGUUCGCGUUCCCAUCGGGCAUGUCAUGCUUUCCGAGAAGUGGGUGGGAAGUGAUGUCCACGCAGCGCUGCAAAAAGUCGCCCGUACUGUGGUAUCAGAUGAGCUAGGUUUAGUAGAUUUUCAUCCGUCUAGUGGCACUGCAGUGCUGUAUGCCACCGAAGUAGACAUUGUCAACGAAUCCCCACUGAAGCGCAAGAUUGUCAAGCUCAGAAAAAACAAUGCAAAGCAGACCUACAUCAUUGCUCAGCGCACUGAAGCAGUGCAGUCGCAAUACAAAUCCCUCCAGCGUUUCGCAGUGUUGGACAUUGGCAUUCCAACUUUGCCUCUUGAAAACCUGGCAGAGGCAGCACAGCUGUUGGCCCAAAUGGAAGUGGUUGAGAGCAAAGAGAAGCAGCACUUGUUCCUGCUGAAGCGGCGAGCUCCCCCAGCAAGUGCAGCAGUGCUUGGGUGCCUUCUAAAAGUCCCAGGCCUUGGAGAAGUCAGAGCUAAGGCUUUGGUGCGCAAGUGGCACAGCCUCAAGGCAAUUUCGCAGUGCAGCGUGGAUGACCUGGCGCAAGUGAUAGGGAGUGCACCAGCUAAAUGUGUCGUCAAAUUCUUUUGUAAUACCUCCUGACCUUCGACAUACUUUGAGAAAUACAGAAUGCCAUCACUG